AUGAGGGUACCACCAUUAUCUGGACAACUAUUCGGGGUGAGCUUGAUAAGUUUAUGGUAUGCAUCAAACAUUGGAGUAUUGCUAUUAAACAAGUACCUUUUAAGCAACUACGGUUUCAAGUAUCCAAUAUUUUUGACACUAUGUCACAUGAUGGCAUGUUCAAUCCUAAGUUACAUUGCAAUGUCAUGGAUGAAGGUGGUUCCACUGCAAACGGUUAGAUCAAAGGUUCAAUUUAUGAAGAUAACAUCGCUUGGACUUAUAUUCUGUUUGUCUGUGGUUGGAGGGAAUAUUUCCCUAAAGUAUCUUCCUGUGUCUUUUAAUCAAGCUAUUGGUUCUACAACCCCGUUUUUUACCGCGAUUUUUGCUUAUCUUAUGACUCUUAAGAAGGAGACUUGGCUUACUUACAUGGCUCUUGUUCCUGUCAUUACUGGUGUUAUGAUUGCUAGUGGGGGAGAACCGAGUUUUCAUCUAUUUGGAUUUAUAAUGUGCAUCAGUGCUACAGCAGCAAGGGCACUCAAAUCAGUGCUUCAAGGGGUCUUGCUUUCUUCUGAUGCGGAAAAGUUGAAUUCUAUGAACCUUCUUAUGUACAUGGCUCCGGUGGCUGUUGGAUUCCUACUUCCUGCUUCAAUUAUAAUGGAGGAAAAUGUUCUUGGAAUUACAAUUCAACUUGCUAGAGAAGAUUCAAGUAUUGUGUGGUUACUUCUCUUCAACUCAGUACUUGCGUAUUUGGUUAACUUGACCAAUUUCUUAGUCACAAAGCACACCAGUGAAUUAACACUUCAGGUCCUAGGAAAUGCAAAAGGAGCUGUGGCAGUUGUUAUCUCCAUUAUGAUAUUUAAAAAUCCUGUAUCAAUUACUGGAAUGUUGGGAUAUUCUCUAACAGUCAUUGGGGUUAUCCUAUAUAGUGAAGCCAAGAAGAGAAGCAAGAGAGAUAUUUGA